AUGGAGCAUAGUGUUCCCGUUACGAAUAUAAAGAGAGAGACCGCUGAGCCCGCGUCCCCUCCAAAGACCGAUGAACUUUCGGAUUUGUCGCAUGUAUAUCCCGAGGGCGGACUCGAGGCCUGGUUUGUGGUGCUUGGAGCAUGGUGUGCGAUGAUCCCUUCCAUGGGAUUGCUUAACUGCCUGGGCAUUCUCCAUGCGUGGACGAGUAAGCACCAGCUUCAAGACUAUUCCGAGUCCAGCAUUGGCUGGAUCUUUGGCGCAUACAGCUUCUUCUUGUAUGCCGCUGGAGCGCAAACCGGACCAAUAUUGGAUACUCAUGGACCCAAUUAUGUUAUUAUCCCAGGGUCGAUUGGCAUGGUUAUAGCACUGAUUGGCUUUAGUUUCAGCCAGGAAUUCUACCAGAUAUUCCUCUCAUUUAGUGUUCUUGGCGGCCUAUCUGCGUGUACCCUCUUCAUUCCAGCAAUUUCUUGUAUUGGACACUGGUUCGACGUGCGACGCGGAUAUGCGACCGGCAUCGCCUGCACUGCCGGGGGUUUAGGAGGAGUCAUCUUCCCCGUUAUUAUUCUUUUUGCAGCACCUCGAAUUGGCUUUCCCUGGGCCAUUCGUAUUAUCGCGCUCAUCAGUGCUGUUCUUUUAUUGAUCUCAUGUUUGACGCUGAAAACACGGCUUCCCAAAGACAAGAAUGUUGGCGCAUCGGUCGACUUCCAUGCUCUGCGGGAGAAGAAAUAUGCCGCAACCACGAUAGCGGUCUUCCUGGUGGAAUUCGCCGUCUUCAUCCCCAUCACCUACAUUUCAUCUUACGGGAUUCACGUUGGCUUGGAUAAUACUCUUGCGUACGCGCUAAGUAUCUUCCUCAACUUAGGUGCUGUUCCAGGACGGCUCCUACCGGGCUUAGUAGCAGAUCGGCUCGGAAGGUUCAACGUGAUGGUAGUAACAUCUGUCAUCUGUGCGGCGCUCACACUCGCGUUAUGGCUCGCUUCAGGGGCGAAUAUGCCUGCAGUCAUUUGCUAUGCGGUACUGUUUGGCUUUUGGAGCGGUGCCGCCAUCAGUCUCACCCCCGUGUGCAUCUCGCAGGUGUGUAGAACGGAGGAUCUGGGAAAGAGAAGCGGGACGACAUUUACCAUAGCCAGUGUUGGUACAUUGACGGGCAUCCCGAUUGCAGGUGCUAUCCAGCAGCAGAACCAGGGGGACUAUUGGGGCCUGAUUGUCUUCGGAGGCAUGUUGUAUGCGGCCUCCGCGGUCGCCUUUGCUGUUGCCAGGGGCAUUGGUGCGGGCUGGAAAUUGAUGGUCAAGUUCUAA